AUGAAUAUCCUCAUGGAGAAUAUCUCCCACCUCCUGGCCGCACUUGGCCCCGAGAUCGACGAUGCAGACGAGGAAUCCUUCCUCAUCUUCUCCGAACCCAUCCCCUCCGCCAACCUGGGCAUGAUCGAUCCCCGAUCUCCCUCCGUCGAGAUCUCCAUCCACGAUCAAGACUACACCGUCCACCAGUCUCCCGCAGUUCUCUCCUCCGCUCGGGCCGGCGGCACCACCGGUGCAGUCCUCUGGAAAAUCACCCCCCUCUUCGCGGACUGGAUCUCCGCCUACCAAUCUAAUCCUCUCUGGACGCAUUCCCUGCUCUCGUCGUCUUCCACCGUCGUCGAGCUGGGCUGUGGCAUCUCCGGGUUGAUGGCAUUGACCCUGGCGCCGUCUGUUCGGCACUAUCUCACCACGGAUCAGGAAUACGUGCGUCGUCUUCUGCGGCAGAAUUUGGAGACGAAUGCUUCGGUGUCGGCGUCGAGAACAACCGCGGUGAAUUCAAAGGGGGGCAAGGGGAAGAAGAAACAAACGAGAACAGAGAAAUCGAAGAUGAAAUCAACAACCUCUUCUGCUGCUGCUGCCCCCGCCAACAUCACAUUCACAACUCUAGACUGGGAAACCGACCUGGCGACUACAUUGAAAGAUAGCAUCGAGAUCGAAGACAACGAAAACAACCCCGAAGGAGAAGAGGAUAAAGGCUUCGACCUCCUCAUCUCCUGCGACUGCAUCUACAACGAAGCCCUCGUUGCUCCGUUUGUGCGGACCUGUGCGGACAUCUGCCGUCUGCGACCUGUCUAUCGGGCCCCUAGUGACAACGACAACAACAACAUCAACAUCAACUACAACAAUGGCACUGGCAAUGGUAAUGGUAAUAGCUCACAAACAACCCGACCGCCCACGAUCUGUCUCAUUGCGCAGCAGCAACGCUCCCCAGAUGUCUUCGAGACGUGGUUGCGGGAGACGAUGCGCUUUUUUCGGGUCUGGAGGGUGAGUGAUGAAGUGGCGGGAGAGAAGCUGCGGGUUGGGUCGGGGUACUUGGUUCAUUUGUUAUUGUUGAGGGGGGAUGUUGCGUAG